UGUUCAAAAACAAUCUGCAUAUCUGUGUAAGAAACAGAAGAGCACCACACCUCAGGGCAUUUGCAGGUAUAUAUUUAAGCGCUGAUGCCCCUCCACUCUCACUUGCUCAUCGACCCUCCUUCCACUAAACUGCACUUUCUAUCUAUCAAGCCAGUGAGAGUCCAAACUCUGCAAUAAUGCCUCCCCCCGGCGUGUGUCUGAACAUCAUGGGGGCUCGUAACAAGCAAGAUGGUUACGGGAGCAUCAACAACCCUGAGAAGUUCCUCAGUCAAGACUUCCAGCAGAUGAAGCAGUACUGUCUCAUCAAAGGAGUGCGCUACAUCGACGACAUGUUCCCCCCUGAUAACAGCUCCAUCGGUCAGGGCUUACUGAGCCCCUCUGACCUGAGCCGUGUGGUGUGGCUGAGACCAGCGAAAAUUGCUUCUAAUCCGUCCUUUAUACUUGAUGGAUUCUCCAGGUUUGACUUUGGGCAAGGAGUUCUUGGAAACUGCUGGUUUCUUGCAUCUAUCGGAGCUCUGACAUUCCAAAAUGACAUCUUCGGACAAGUUGUCCCUCUGGAUCAAACAUUUGAUGAGGACUACUGCGGGCUUUUUCACUUCAGGUUCUGGAGAUUUGGAAGAUGGGUGGAUGUCAUCAUUGAUGACAAGCUGCCUACAAUCAAUGGCAGACUAAUCUUCGUUAAAUCCAAAGACCUGAAUGAGUUCUGGCCUGCUCUGCUAGAGAAGGCAUAUGCCAAGGUUUGUGGUUCCUACACCGACAUGACUGCUGGAACUCCUGCAGAGGCUAUGAUGGACUUCACCGGUGGUGUCCACAUGUGCAUCGACCUUUCGAAACCCCCUGCUAACCUGUGGGGGCUGAUGUGCAGAGCUGGUCAGUCCAGUACACUGAUGGGCUGUGGUACACCUCAAGGGGAGACAUCUGCUAACACUGUGCUGCAGAACGGAUUAGUCCAAGGCCAUGCCUACACUGUGACAGGUGUGAAACAGGUCAUGAGCCAAGGGAAAUUUGCAAACCUUGUGCGUUUGUGGAACCCCUGGGGCCAGGGAGAGUGGUGCGGAGACUGGAGUGAUCAGUCAUCUUUAUGGCAAACUGUGAGUCCUCAAGAUCGAGAAAAGUGUCUGUCAGUGGCUGAUGAUGGAGAGUUCUGGAUGGCCUUGGAAGAUUUCUGUAGGUUCUACACGGAUCUCGAUAUCUGCGGUCUCAGUCCAGACUUCAUUGAGGGAAACUCCUCUAGUCACUGGAAGACUUCCAUGCAUGAAGGCCGCUGGGUUGCAGGAACCACAGCUGGAGGCUGCAUGAACAACAGAGAAAGUUUCUGGACUAAUCCACAGUAUCGAGUCAAGAUUUGUGGUGAAUAUUCUGGGAAAGAGGGCGAAAAAAACAUGCUGGUGUCUCUCAUGCAAAAGCCUGAUAAGAGGAACAGACGGCUGGUGCAAAACCUGCACAUUGGAUUCUCUGUGUUUGAGAUCACUGAACAAUAUAUGGCACAGAGAGGCAAAUUCCCAGCCUCGUUCUUCAGCAGCCGAGCACCUGUGGUCCAGACUAAAACCUACAUGAAUGCACGUGAGGUGAUUGAGUUCUUUCUGCUGAAGCCUGGUGAAUACCUGAUCGUUCCUUCCACCUUCAAUCGCAACGAGACGGCCUCCUUCCUCCUGACCAUCAUCUCCAAGGCAGAGACCCGGUGCUAUGAGAAUUCUGGUGACCACAAUCAUGAGCCAGUUGGAAAGGUCAAGCAGAUCAAGAAUGCACAGCAGGAUGAAAAUAAGAAAAAAAUCUUCCGUCAGUACUCGGACAAGUAUGAAGAAGUCGACGCUGAGCAGCUCCAGCAGCUUCUAAAUGAAAGCAUCCUUAAAGGUUUGGACUAUAAAAACUCAAACUACAGCAUUAGAGCUCAACAAAUAAUAAAACACUUUGUAAUAAUGUGGGUUUUUUGCUGUGUGAUAUACACUGUCGAUGCAACUCUGUUUUAUUUAGGAGACUUGAAAUCAGGAGGUUUCACCAUCGAUGCCUGUCGCAGCAUGGUUGCUCUGAUGGAUACAUCGAUCACAGGCAAACUGAACAGUGAGGAAUUCGUCCGUCUCUGGAACAAGGUCAUUAAAUACAAGGACAUUUUCUUCCUCACUGAUGUUUCAAAAACAGGAACACUGUCACUGAGUGAGCUGAGGAAUGCAUUCAUAGCGUCAGGGAUGGGGGUCAGCGAUGACAUGCUCAAUCUGAUGGCUCUGCGCUAUGGCGCCUCCUCUGGUCACAUGACACUGGAGAGUUUCAUCAGUCUCAUCCUUCGCCUGGACUGCAUGCUCAAAAUCUUCAAACAACUGUCUGAUGGAAAAGGCAUGAACCUUCAACAGUCAGAGUGGAUGUACAUUUCAAUGUACACAUAAUCCACCAGUGAGGAUGGAUGCAUCUGAAAAUACAGUCGAAAAUAUUUCAAAGGUGUGUUUUCUUUACAAUUUGUCAGAUUGCAAAAUGAAUAAAAGGUGCUUUUCUGUGAAUAAGUCAUUACACUUUACUGCUGCUGAGGCUCUGCAAAAAAUAAUGUGAAAACUGGAGACAGAUUUCUGUCAGUAUAAUCAGAUUUGUAAAAAAAAAAUUGAUGGACGAUAGAAUUUGAGUGUGAAUAAAACUCACUGCAACACAGCUUUCACUCAAAAACCCAUUAACCAAAGGGGACACGCCUUAGAACUACAUGCAAAAAGUCAGGCAGUGCAAAUGGGAUGCUGGCAGCGUGACCACAGAGCUGUCAGUAAAGGUAAAACUCUGAUAUGUGAGGAAGAAGCAGGAAGAACUGAGAACAAAAGUUCACAUGAUCAGAAAAAAGACCAAGAGUGAAAACUUAAUUUUUAAGAUGAGUUUUUUUCUUCAAUGAGUUUUUUCUUCCUCAAAUUCUUAUUUUAUUGGGCAUUUAAGAAGCUUUAUUUGAUUAUAUUGACAUAAAUCAGAUUUCAUAUAGUCAUCACAUUGGCAAACUUGCAACACAAAGCUGAUACAUGUUUGUAGACUUUAAUUCAUAAUGUAUGUGGAACCUUAUUGCAUCCACAAGACUGACUACAGUGUUUGUGUUGUGGGUAGAAUUAUCACAUAAUCUCAGCUUAUCCGUGUGUACUUUCAGUCAAUGGCAUGUAAUCAUUUUAACUGCAAAAGCAAUGCACACCAUUUUAUACAUUUUUAAGAAUAAAAACAAUAAAAGCUUCUGUGAAAAUGUG